CCAGAUCAUCCAUUUCAGCCUGCAAUCCAGUUCACCAUCAGCCAUGGCCAUUGAUCUAAACACAAUACCAGAUGAAGAAGCUGAACAUCACUUGCCUGAUCUAAAUGGAGAACUACUAGAUGAGCAAGCAGAUGAAGUCCAUGUCCUGCAAGAUGAAGUCCUCCGGCUUCAAGAAGCUCAGUCCCAACUUCUCCAGGAAGAUGAGUAGGUUGCUAUGCAUGGAAUAGAUCUCAACAUUGAUCCUUCUGAGCUGCAACAACCUAAUGAAGACAUGACAGAGUACAUGCAAGACUAUGGUGUCGAUGCUGAUACUACAGACAUAGCCUUUCAUGAACAUGAGCAGGUUACUAUGCAUGGAAUAGAUCUCAAUGUUGAUGCUUCUGAGCUGCAACAACCAAAUGAAGACAUGAUGGAGUACAUGCAAGACUACGGUGUCAAUGCUGAUAUCACAGACAUAGCCUUCUAUGACCAUGAGCAGGUUGCUAUGCAUGGAAUAGAUCUCAACGUUGAUCCUUCUGAGCUGCAACAACCAAAUGAAGAUAUGAUGGAGUACAUGCAAGACUAUGGUGUGGAUGCUAUACUGCAGAAGCCUUUGAUGAGGAUGAAUUAGACGACUCAGAUCUUGAAUAUCACCAUGCAAAUGAAAAUAUUUCACAUCAGUCCAGGAAUUUGACAGAAACUGAAAGGCAUAAAAUUUAUGCAGCAUUGCUCGAGAGAAGUAUGCAUGGAAGAUUAAAAAGGAACACUACAACUAGAGUUGCCGAAAUGUUACAAGUUAGUAGGUAUCAAGUGCAACGUGUGUGGCGGAGGGUUAAGGAGUGCCGUGCACAAGGAAGACCAGUGGAUGUUAGAUCAAGGAAGCCAAUGAACUGUGGGCGCAAAACAAAACAAGUCCAUCUAUCAGAGGUUCUUAGAGUUCCCUUGCAUAAGAGGACUAAUAUACGAUCUCUAGCUAAAGCCAUUGGUGUACCAAAGAGCACUGUGCAUAGGUAGUUCAAGGAAGGGAAACUACGACGCCACUCCAACACACUAAAACCUCUAUUGAAGGAAGUAAACAAGACAGACAGACUACGGUGGUGUAUUUGCAUGUUAGAUCAAAGGACAUUACCAAAUGAACCUAAGUUCAUUGACAUGGAAAACAUCAUCCACCUAGAUGAGAAGUGGUACAACACCACAAAAAAGAACAGGACCUACUAUUUACUCCCGGAAGAGGAGGACCCAUACAGGACUGUGCAAAAUAAAAAUUCUAUUGGCAAAGUUAUGUUAUUGACGGCAGUGGCCAGACCUAGAUAUGAUGAUGCAGGUAAUUGUACUUUUGAUGGAAAGAUAGGAGUGUGGGCGUUUAUCAGAAAGGUACCACACUUGUUUC